CCGGCGUGAGGAGUGGGAGGCGAGGCCUGCGGCAGUGCGCAGGCGCAGUGGCAAGGGGCCAGACCGUGUGUUUCCAAAAUGGCGGCAGCGAUGGAUGUGGAUACCCCCAGCGGCACCAACAGCGGCGCGGGCAAGAAGCGUUUUGAAGUGAAAAAGUGGAAUGCAGUAGCCCUCUGGGCCUGGGACAUUGUGGUUGAUAACUGUGCCAUCUGCAGGAACCACAUUAUGGAUCUCUGCAUAGAAUGUCAAGCUAACCAGGCAUCCGCUACUUCGGAAGAGUGUACUGUUGCGUGGGGCGUCUGUAACCAUGCUUUUCACUUCCACUGCAUCUCUCGCUGGCUCAAAACACGGCAGGUGUGCCCUUUGGACAACAGAGAGUGGGAAUUCCAAAAGUAUGGGCAUUAGAAAAAGAAUCCUCUGUUAAGCUUACCCGUUUUGUUACUCAUUUAGUGACUUGCCUUCCUGUUAAUUAUAAAUUAGAUAGAACCAUGUCUUUUCUCAUUUAUGCUUUCGGUUUGCUGUUUUGAAGCCGUAUUGUAUUUUGUGUCAAAUAAAAUGCAGUUGAAUUCUAGAAUGGUUGCUGUCUCAUGUAUGUAAAAACGGUGGACUUGAAUGAAGGGGGAACCCCUCUUCCAACUCCAGAAAGCCAGCCUUCUAAAGUGGAAUGUUCAUGACGGUCCUACAAGUGCAUCACUUGGUUACAGAGAGUCUGACAAAGCCUGGGAAGUGUGGAUCACUGGACCCAGAAACACCGUCAGCUCUGUCUUCCUCCUGAGAGACAGCUGAAUGAGGGGAGGACAUGGGACUCGGAGCCAUCAAACCCAGCGCCCAGUUCCAUAGCCUACCAGUGGCCGCCUAGGACCAGCCAAGUCUGCUCUGAGCUUGCUUCCUUUGUGUGGAAUUCUAAGAACUAGUAAAUCCUGUCAGAUGGGCUCCAAGAAUGGCUUUGUAAAGUGUUAAAACACUACAAAUGUUAACCGUGUAUGAUAUGUUGCUUUCUCUAGCUUAGAAAAAAUAAAGUGUAAUCUUGUCUGGCAAUAGAGUAAUUUUAAAUUCAAGUUAAAAAUUGUUUGGCCAGUUUUGGUUCAUGCCUGGUACUUGGGAAUCUGACAGAGGUGGAUCCCUCGAGCCCAGAGCUCAAGGCCAUGAACAACAAAACAAAAGCUACAGUUGUUUGGGGGCUGGGGUGUAGCUCAGUGGUAGAGCAUUCACCCAAGGCCCUGGGUUCAA